AACCCAAUUUUUAGUUAGCCAAAGAAGAAAGGGCAAAGUUAUGGGAGAAUAUGUGCAGAAGUAAACCAGAUCCACUUAAAAGAGACAAGGAAAGACAGUUGCAAAAAAUAGCUACCAGGGGUGUUGUGCAAUUGUUUAAUGCUGUGAGGAAACAACAGAAGAUAGUAGAGGAUGAGAUACAGCAAGUUGGUAUGUCAGAGAGAAAGAAGGACAAGAUUAUGGAAGGAAUGACAAAAGAUAAAUUCCUCACUUUACUAAAGGGAACCAGUAAAACCAAUGUUAAAGCUGAAAAGCCAGAGGAGUCAGUACCUGUUACCAUUAAAAAGGAAGAAAGUGAUGAAGAAGAUGAUGGAGACAAUGUAAAAAGUGGUAAAACUUGGAAUAUACUCAAGGAUGAUUACAUGAUGGGUGCUAAGAUGAAAGACUGGGACAAGGAAGAAAGUGAUGAUGAUGAUGCCAGCGACGAUGAUGAUGAUCCAGACUUAUCAGAUAGUGACUGAGAAAUAAACAAGCUGUGAUAAACAAAAUCUGUAGAAAGCGAGUCGUUCCUGAGAUCUUAAAGAAGAACAUCCAUCCUUAAAAUUGAUAAAAAACGAAAAUAUAGCAUACUUCACCAAUAUUCUGAACUGUAAACUAUUGAAGAUUAGACCUGUUUCAAGAUGCAAAUAAAAACAUAUAUCUUACUGCUUGCUAAAAAAUAUUUACAUGCAGAAAAGCUACAAAGUUGGAUGAAGCAAUACAGGUUUCUGGUAGAUGGGAUACAUUAAGAUUGGAUGGUGCGUGGUGAAGGCUAAGAUAUUUCUUGUUUGUGAUGACACAGGGUACUUGUGAAAAAUUCAUUUUAUGAUGAUAAAUAAAGUGUGUUUAUUAACAGGAGCUUUUAACAAGAUAAUUUGAAGGAAAGAUUAAUGUUGAUAAUGGCAUGAAACGAUAGCUGUCAUUUAGUUUAUACAAACGUGUAGGUAUUUAUUUUAGCUCGAUUAAGGUGGAAGGAUGAAGAUUAUUUGAGCCACUAUGGAGUAAGCUUCCUGGAACUUACCAGUAGUGUUGUCAUGAGGAAACUUGACUCUAGUAGUACUCAAACUCCUGAUCCCUGGGUUAAGAGGCAGACAUCAUACCACUAGGCUGCUCCCCUUUGUUGUCAUUUAAGCAAGUCAAGAUUGCAAUUGUCGGAAAUGCAAGAAUUUGAAGACAGUUGAAUGUUGAGCUUUGAAAGAAACCCUGUUUUGUUUUGACUUUAUUUUCUCUGCAGUACUGGUUUGUUCUUUUAAUGAGAAGUUGAAAUGUUGAAAGUUAAUAUUUGUUAUAAAAUAUAAAUGUGUAUUGUAGUAAUAUGACGCAAUUCAUGGAACACUUCUCAUAGAUAUAUUAAGUGAUGUUGCUUAAUCCAAAACAAAGAAUUGUUAUUUGUUUACCUUUUAAAAUACCAUAACAUUUUGUAAAAAAAAAAAAAUGAUAAAUGAGUAAAAGGGAAUUAACACUUCAAAUACUUUGAAAACUGUAGAAAAUGUACAUUUGCAUUUAAUUGAAGAAAAUCAAUAUUGUAACAAUUUCUCUGUAUUUUUGUGUUAUAUGUCAUUUGAAAAUAUCAUUUUCAUUACUAAGUACAUAGCAUAUUUUGUUAAUUAGUUGAAUUGGGGUCAGAGGUUAGGGUAAAACUUGAAAAAAAUCCCCCUCUCUGUUAAUGUGGGUUACUGAUAAAGUCAGACUUCUCAGGUUAACUUCAUUAAAGCUAAAUCAGAUGAUUACAUUGUGUCUCAGUCACUGAAAAUUUUAUUUUUUUCUUUAUUUUGUAAUAUGGCUUAUAGUAAGUAAUUAAUUAUACAGUUAUAACUAGUGCCAAUUACAAGUUAGCAUUUAAAGAUAAUUCUUUUUGUUACCUCACCUGUCACAAUGUGACAUGGUGAGCUUUUGUGAUCGCUUUUCGUAGGUAAACUUACUGUAAACGACAUCUCCUCAUAAACCUCUAUGCCAAUUUCAUCCAAACUUCAUAGGAAUGUUCUUUUGGUUGUCACCUUUGAAGAUUGUUCAAUGAAUUAAAUUCCAUGCAAAACUCUUGUUGCUAUGGCAACCAAACUAUGGCAACCGAAAGAAAAAAGUUAAAAUGAUCUUUUAAAAAACAGAAAGAGCUAGAGCUUAGAUAUUUUGCAUGAAACAUCUUCUAGUGAGUGUCAAAACUGGCCCCGCCCAAGGUGUCAUUAAAUUUUCAUUAUAUGCAUAUAGUAAAAUAAAUCUUAAAAAAACGGAAUAAACAAGUAUUCUUACUCGGGUGAGCAAUUUAGGGCCAUCAUGGGCCUCUUGUUUAUUUAGUGGAAGUUUUUACAUUUAAUGUUGUUAGAUAAAUGAAAUAUUUAUAAAUUAAAUCUUCCAAAAGA